AUGAAUACUCCACUUGUAUCAAAAUCAAAUUUUGAAAAGUUUUAUAAAAACAUAAUUAUUUCAAAGAAACAUCGAAUUGAAAUACUUCGUUUAUCAAAUUCAUUUAUUAUUGAUAUUGUAUUAUUACCAAUUCAUUUUGGUUUAAAGUUUAUUUCUCUUGAAAAAUUAAUUCUUGAUCAAAUUACUGAAAAAAAUUUCGACAGUAUCUUUGAUGAAUUAAAGUUCUUAUCUUAUUUACAUUCAUUAGUACUUAAUUUUAAGGAAUAUAUUCAAAAUUUGAAUGAUAUUUUUUCUAAAAUAAUGUCUUUAUCAAAAUUAAAAUAUUGUAAAACAAAAUAUCGAAUAAAAACUGAUCAAAACCAAUUAUCUAGUGAUUGCAAUAAAUAUAGUUACAGUUCAGUUGAACAUUUAAUUAUUGAUGGUCGUCUUCACAUAUGA